AUGGACUCGGACGCCAGCCUGGUGUCCAGUCGCCCAUCCUCACCAGAACCGGAUGACCUUUUCCUGCCUGCCCGGAGCAAAGGCGGCAGCGGCGGCGGCGGCGGCUUCAAGUCGUCCUCGUCGUCCAGCACGUCGUCGUCCACAUCGGCGGCGGCCGCCUCGUCCACCAAGAAGGACAAGAAGCAGAUGACGGAGCCCGAGCUGCAGCAGCUGCGGCUGAAGAUCAACAGCCGCGAGCGCAAGCGCAUGCACGACCUCAACAUCGCCAUGGACGGGCUGCGCGAGGUCAUGCCGUACGCGCACGGGCCGUCGGUGCGCAAGCUCUCCAAGAUCGCCACGCUGCUGCUGGCGCGCAACUACAUCCUCAUGCUCACCAACUCGCUGGAGGAGAUGAAGCGGCUGGUGAGCGAGAUCUACGGCGGCCACCACGCCGGCUUCCACCCCUCGGCCUGCGGCGGCCUGGCCCACUCGGUGCCGCCGCCGCACCACCACGUGUCGGCCAUGGGCGCCGGCAGCCUGCCGCGCCUCACCUCCGACGCCAAGUGA